GUGGAGUUGUCAGACAGUACAGCCCACACCAUAACGGAUGCGUACGCAGGGAAGGAGUACAUCAUCCAGGUGGCGGCUAAGGACAUGGAGAUCGGCACCUGGAGUGACUGGAGCGUCGCGGUGCACGCCACCCCCUGGAUUGAUGAACCCAAACAGAUCCCCUCCACCACCGAGCAGGAACCGCUCCUCGACACCACCCCUUCCGCAGCCCCUCCGUCAGCAGAGCCCCAUAGGGCGGGCGUCCCAGUGGGUGGUGCUUCCUCAACCCUCCUGUCACCCCUCCUCUGGUACUCCUGCUAUCUGCUGCUAGGGGCCCUAAUUUGAUGUAAAUGUUUAAUUCCUGUGGAAGAAAUGAAGGAGAGUCUUCUAUUUCUCUGCACAUGUUAAUGGACAUCCUACAUUGAUCAUUUAAUUCAAGUUUCACACAACGUUAAGUAGAAAAUAAAGAGAGAUUAUGAAGUCAAAGUUAAAAAGAUACAACAAAAAAAACCAUCAACAACUACUCCAACAACAACAGCAACAACAACAACAACAAUAAUAAGAGGAACAACAACAACAACAACAACAACAACCGGUACUAACAGACAGCAAAGCUACAGAGGUUCACAGAUAUCAUUGAUUGAUUGAUUACCACGGACUCCAACACAGAAACAGAACUGUCUCCAGGGAAGCUUUGUGGAUCUGAGACUGAUGAGACUUCUGCUGGGCAGCACAACAGACUGAUUUCAUUCUCCAUCUUUUAUUUUGGUUUUAAUUGAUUUUUGUAAACAAUUGUAUUCAUUAUCCAGUGAUAUUUGAGACACUUGUAAAGAUCCCAAGAUCCUUUCUUUGACAUACAGCUAACUCGUCAUGCCAAAGACUUGUCUUGGAGAAGUUUUCCCACAAUCCUUAGCUUCCUGAAGCCUGUGCCUGUGUAGAAAGGAUGGAACCCGGAGUAUUUGGUAACUCCAGGAAUCUGCAUCUGACCGACUGACAACAAAUUUUCACAACAAAAUAGAGAACUAACUAACACUUUGGAGAAAUCCUGAAUAAGCAUUCUUUACCUGUUAUUGGUUUGUUUUGCGUUCUGCUUCACUCAGUGAUCACCAAGAGAGUUUAGCUGUAAAAACACUAUGGAUUGGGGUUUUUCCAUUGAGGAAAUACAGUAGAGAUCCAUAUUUUGGGACCUCAGAGCUCUUACACAAGGCUCCAUACAUUAGGCGUCAGUCCUCCAGAGGAAUAACGCUCUGUGUAAAACACAUGAGGUUGCCUUUGACAUAAAAUAGACAUUUAUUAUCACAAUUAUUAUUGUUGUGCUCUGUCAUACAGAACCAGUCAACAGUUUGGACACACCUACUCAUUCAAGGGGUUUUCUUUAUUUGUACUAUUUUCUACAUUGUAGAAUAAUAGUGAAGACAUCAAAACUAAGAAAUAACACACAUGGAAUCAUGUAGUAUCCAAAAAAGUGUUAAACAAAUCAAAAUAUACAUGGAAAGAAUUCAGACCCCAUCACUUUUCCACAUUUGGUUGUGUUACAGCUAUAUUCUAAAUCAAAUAAAUAAAAAUCCUCAGCAAUCUACACAAUACCCCUUUUGGCAAACUCCUUCUGGAAGGUUGUUCCAUCUCCACAAAAGAUCUCUGGAUGUCUCCUGUGGAGAUGGGAGAACAUUCCAGAAGGACAACUAUCUCUGCAGAACUCCACCAAUCAGGCCUUUAUGGUAGAGUGGCCAGACAGAUGCCACUCCUCAGUAAAAGGCACAUGACAGCCUGGUUGGAGUUUACCAAAAGGCACCUAAUGUCUCUCAGACCAUGAGAAACAAGAUGCUCUGGUCUGAUGAAACCAAUAUUGAUCUUUUUGUCCUGAAUACAAAGCGUCACGUCUGGAGGAAACUUGGCACCAUCCCAAAGCAUGGUGGUGGCAGCAUCAUGCUGUGGGGAUGUUUUUCAGCAGCAGGGACUGGGAUAAUAGUCAGGGUUUGAGACAAAGCUGAACGAAGCAAAGUACAGAGAUCCUUGAUGAAAACCUUUUCCAGAGCACUCAGGACCUCAGACUGGGGGCGAAGGUUCACCUUCCAACAGGGAAACGACCCUAAGAACACAGCCAAGACAAAGCAGGAGUGGCUUCGGGACAAGUCUCUGAAUGUCCUUAAGUGGCCCAGCCAGAGCCCGGACUUGAACCCAAUUGAAUAUCUCUGGAGAGAUCUGAAAAUAGCUGUGCAGCGACGCUCCCCAUCCAACCUGACAUAUCUUGAGAGGAUCUGCGAAGAAUGGGAGAAACUCCCCAAAUACAGGUGUACCAAGCUUGUAGCGUCAUACCCACGAAGACUCAAGGUUCUAAUCACUGCCAAAUGUGUUUCAACAAAGUACUGAGUAAACGGUCUGCAUUCUUAUGUAAAUGUGAUAUUUCAUUAAUUUUUUUAAAAUUAGAAAUCAUUUUUUUAAACCUGUUUUUGCUUUGUCAUAUGUGUGAGGAUAUUUUUUUUUAAAUACAUUUUUGAGUAAGACUCCAACAUAACAAGAUGUAAAAAAAUUCAAGGGGUCUGAAUACUUUCCAAAGCCACUGUAUUUUAGAUUUGAGAUUCUUCACAUAGCCACCCUUUGCCUUGAUGACAGCUUUGCACACUCUUGGCAAGGGUAGCCUAGUGUUUAGAGCAUUGGACUAGUAACCGGAAGGUUGCAAGUUCAAACCCCCGAGCUGAAAAGGUACAAAUCUGUCGUUCUGCCCCUGAACAGGCAGUUAACCGACUAUUCCUAGGCCGUCAUUGAAAAUAAGAAUUUGUUAAAAGGUAAAAUAAAAAUAAAAUUCUCUCAAACAGCUUCACCUGGAAUGAUUUUCCAACAGUCUUGAAGUAGUUCCCACAUAUGCUUAGCACUUGUUGGCUGCUUUUCCUUCACUCUGAGGUCCAACCCAUCCCAAGCUAUCUCAAUUGAGUUUGGAUUGGGUGAUUGUGGAGUCCAUGUCAUCUGAUGCAGCACUCCAUCACUCUCCUUCUUGGUCAAAUAGCCCUUACACAGAGAGGAGGUGUGUUGGAUCCUUGUCCUGUUGAAACCAUUUUCUUUAGUUCUAGGAAGCGCAAACCAGAUGGGAUGGCGUAUUGCUGCAGAAUGCUGUGGUAGCCAUUCUGGUUAAGUGUGCCUUGAAUUCUAAAUAAAUCACUGACAGUGUCACCAGCAAAGCACCCCCACAGAUUCACACCUCCUCUUCCAUGCUUCACUGUGGUAACCACACAUGCAGAGAUUUUCCAUUCACCAAAAAUCUCCAAUUUGGACUCAUCAGACCAAAGGACAGAUUUCCACCGGUCUAAUGUCCAUUUCCCGUGUUUUUUGGCUCAAUCAAUUCUCUUCUUCUUAUUGGUGUCCUUUAGUAGUUAUUUCUUUGCAGCAAUUCGACCAUGAAGACCUGAUUCACGUAGUCUCUGAACAGUGAGUUGCUGAGAUGUGGGUGUUUCUUGAACUCUGUGAAGCAUUUAUUUAGUCUGCAAUCUGAGGUGCAGUUAAUUCUAAUGAAUUUAUCCUCUGCAGCAGAGGUAACUCUGAGUCUUCCUUUCCUGUGGGUCUUCCUUUCCUGUGGCGGUCCACAUGACAACCAGUUUCAAAGUUCUUGAAAUGUUCCGCAUUCACUGACCUUAAUUUCUUAAAGUAAUGAUGGACUGUCGUUUCUCUUUGCUUAUUUGAGCUGUUCUUGCCAUAAUAUGGACUUGGUAUUUUACCAAAUAGGGCAAUCUUCUGUAUACCACCCUACCUUGUCACAACACAACUGAUUGGCUCAAAGACAUUACGAAGGAAAUAAAUUCCACAAAUUAACUUUUAACAGGGCACACCUGUUAAUUGAAAUACAUUCCAGGUGACUACCCCAUUAAGCUGGUUGAGAGAAUGCCAAGAGUUUGCAAAGCUGUCAAAAAAGCAAAGGGCGGCUACUUUGAAGAAUCGCAAAUAUAAAAUAUAUUUUGAUUUGUUUAACACUUAUUUUUACUACAUGAUUCCAUGUGCUAUUUCAUCAUUUUGAUGUCUUCACUAUUAUUCUACAAUCUAGAAACAAGUAAAAAAUAAAGAAAAUCCCUUGAAUGUGUAGAUGUGGCCAAACUGUUGACUGGUUCUGUGUUUAUAGGAUUUUGGGGCUCUCUUCAAAAGCUGAAGCAUUAUAAAUUUUGCAAUAGAAAUUUAAAGGUAAUUUCCGAUUGAGCCGACAGGUGCAGCGUUUACCGUUAAAGCAGUCUCCGCUAAAGUGGGAACAUUACCUUUAAAUGUCAAUCAGCCUGUAAAGCUGAAGUUCCGCGAUGAGGAUUGAAUAGAGCCCCAAGUUGUUUUUUUCAGACAUUCAGAAUGGCUUAAUUCUCCACGAUCAUAUUUUGUAAAAACUAUGAUAUGUAUCUUUAAAAUGAAAAACAUUUAUUAUUUAAUAAUGUAUGUAUUAGCUUUAGAUUCUUGUAACCUGUACCUGGGUUAUUUUUAUAGAUAUAUAUACAAUGAGAGGUUGUUCAUUAAAUGUGACCAUUUCACAAUGA